CCCACCCGAUUUUGUUGUUUUGUUGCUGCUUGCAUUUUGUUUGGAAAAUUGUCGUUUGCUGGUUAAAAAAAUGACGCCAAAGAUGAAGAAGGUCGUGAUUAAGAUACCCAGGCAUCCGUAUUUUAAUGCUCAGGUGAACCCUGAGAACAUGGUCGAGUACCAGCUUCGCAAGUGUCGCGUCAAUUUGGAGCGUCUAAAGCCGCUGACCACGGCGGGACCGUUUGCCCUGCAGCUGAAGCGUUGCAUUGUACGUGUGGCACGUCUGCCAGACGUGGAACGUAGCGAGAUCUCCGUCACGCCAGCCAGCUCCAUCAUCAACUCGGACUUGGACGAGGAGGGCGCAGUCGACGAAUAGGAGCAUUAGAGAGAAGACUAGACAGAGCCCAUAUAUCAAAGGUUCUAGACACGUAGGAGCACAUCAGAGUACAUCAUAAUGAGUUUAUAAAUAAAUAAAUGAAAUAAAAUAUAUUCCCAGCUAA